GAAGAGGAAGCGGAAAUGGGUUUGAAACUCAAAAAGAAAAACAUGGAAGAUGAUAUUAACGUGGAGCGCGAAAACGUUGCGGCUGCGAUCAAUUGCGAUGAAAGUGUCCGUUUUUCCCAAGUUACCGCCGUUGCUAAUCGGUGGAUCUUUGACUUUUGGUUCGUAAGUCUGUGUCGGCGAUUCAAGGAUGGUCAAUUUGAUGAAUUCAAUGAAACGCUUUCGACGUUCCAGGAAAUCUGCCCCAAAAUGAAAGGAAAUAUCUACCAUGAGAAAACGAUGAUAUGUGCCUUCCUUGCAAGAGUCAUUCAUGGGAAUGAAUUGGACGUCCAGUUUGAGGAGGAAGCCGAUGUGAUGCCCCUGAUGUCUGCUGCCAAAAUGUGGCCGGACCUAAAAAGCACUGUGAAAGACAAAAGCUUGUCCAAAAACAUCACCCAGCUUUUGGUCGUCCAGUCUGUGGCUUUGUGCUUGGAGAAAGGCAAACUAUCGUCUGCUUCCUCGGCCCUCAGGUGGUACGCGAACAACCGUGAAUUCCCACAGAACUUGAUAGUCAAGCUGACUACAAUAGUGACCAGAAGAGAAACCUACCACCCUUUUCUCAUGAGCUUCAGCUUCAGCCGCCUGCUGGAGACCAUCAAGUCUUACCUGGACGCCUAUUUGGAGAAGAAUCCCUCUGACUACCUUCUAAAGGAAGCCACAAACUUUGUGCAGUCGUCGCCUCUCAUUGAGGAUUCGGAGGUGACAAAGGACCGCUUUGUGUCGGAAGAAGCCGGCCGAUCAACAGGGAACAUAAAAACAAAACGGAAACUACUGUCCACAAAAAAUCUGGAUGUGUGGCAAUCGGAUUCAUGCAAGGAGUCGUUUGUCUCCCUCAGGAGAAUGUCCAAGAACGACUUAUUGAUGAUGACAUCCCCGAAGUCAGUGGACACGUCGAAGAAUAAAAAAACAAGAAAAAGGCCCCAGAAGUGGACAAGCCGGCUGGACACAUGCCUUCAGAUUGGAGUCAAGCGCCACGGACAGGGGAAUUGGUCCCGCAUAUUAAUGGACUUUGACUUUGAGGGACGCACUGGCACGAUGCUCAAAGACCGCUGGAGGGUUCUGAUGAAGGCGCAUAAAGUUGGCUGAAGAAGGAGAGCCACUCUCUAAAUUCGCAGCAAUCGUAGCAAUGCACCUGUAAAAAAAGGCUUCGACGUAACCUUUAUCAGCAAGUAGUAGUAAGUUAUUUUCUGAAGAUGCUACUUUUGUGUCUUCAGUGUCUUGCUUUUUUAUUGUUUUUGUACUGAGACAAUGUGCCACUAGAGGGCUCUGAACACAUAUUUAGGAAUUGAGCUCAGUCCGUGGCCUUCUAUGAAGGGAUGCAUUUGAUAUUUAAGGCAUUCCGCAGCCUUUACUUCACAUGUGGAAAACUCCCUCACCAAUUUAACCCCUUGCAACAUAUUAACUAUUGUUUUCGCCAUUAGCUUUGACCUGCACCUCCACGACCUGCAAAAGUGAAAGUCUUAUACCCCGGAGACAUGUCGAAUGCAGAUAAAUAAGGUUGUGGCGGCGUUCCUUCGUUGGCGUAGAUUCCUCAGCCGCAAUUGAGCUGCAGACACGUGGAUUUCGUUUUCUUAACGCAAAUGACAGGAGAUCUUAAGUUCUUUUCGUUUGCCGCUUUUCGUGCAUGAAAUACAAACCAAUUAAAUACACAAAACAACACAUUCCGUCACAGUGGACAAACUGUGCACUCGUGCCUAAUCAGCUCGUCUCAUUUGCACCUGCUGCAAACAUGACGUCAAUAUAAGCAGGAAAAUAAAGGGACCGUCAAGCCAACAUAUGUACCGAUAUAAUAUAUCCUUACAUUUAGGAAGAUAUGAUGCCUGAUCUAUUUCAUCCUGAGAGAAGAACAUCUUCCAGUUGUGUUAAAGUAAUCCAAAUCAUUUACACUGCAGACUUUUUGCUACAAGUAAUACUUUAAUCUCGAGGAAAUCAAUAGUCAAUAAAAACCACAGGAGCAAAGAGAUUUAUUAACUUGUGUGCACAGAUAUUUUAUUUUCUUGCAUAUAAAAGCUAAUUAAGAUAACCGUGAGUUAUUACAGAAGCUGUUCAAGCUAGAAAGGCGGCACGACGCUGUAUUAACUAUUAUAAGUAUGUUGUGUUAAAGAAAUAAGGUACGAGAGGCUGUACUUUAUCGUCCAAUAAUGUAACAGUUCGGGGGUGUUGGCCCGACGCCAAAUGAUUACAAAAUGUCUUUGAUAGCUGCUUAAUGUGUAAUAAAAAGGGUGAAAUACUGAA